UUUUUAUUUUGUUUUCCAGAAUGGCACUAAGAAAUUUUGGGACUUUAUGAGGACACAUGACAGUGUCUCAAUCCUGAUAUUUAAUUCCUCUCGGCAGUGCUUUGUUGUGGUGAAGCAGUUCCGCCCAGCUGUUUACAUGUGUGAAAUGGAGCGGCACCAUCCUCAAGACUUUCAAAGCAAAGACCAGGAUAGUUGGUGUCCUUUAUUGGAUCCCUUACCAGCUACAGUGGGAGUGACUUAUGAACUCUGUGCUGGCAUAGUAGACAAGCCAGAACUUUCUUUGGAGGAAAUUGCAUGCAAGGAAAUCUUAGAAGAGUGUGGUUAUGAUGUUCCCAUUACAAAUCUGAAGAGAAUCACUUCGUACAGGUCUGGAGUUGGUGUGACAGGUUCUCAGCAAACCUUAUUUUAUGCAGAAGUAACAGACCAGAUGAAAACAGGAGAAGGUGGAGGCCAGCCUGAAGAGGGGGAGCUGAUUGAAGUCAUAGAAAUACCUUUACAGGACUCCAUGAAAUUUGCUUUUGAUGAGCAUUUCCCAAAGACAAUGGUUGUUAUCUUCAGCUUCAUGUGGUUCCAAAGCAAUGUUGCCCUGGGGAUGCAGGAAAAAUAAAAAUGAGCACCAUGAUUUACUAAUGUGA